AUGACCAUUACUUUAGACGACGUAGCGACUCUCCUUCACAUAUCACCGAAUGGUAAAUUUUUUGAUGCACUUGUGAAUAUGAACACUAAUAAUGCUGCUAGAGUUGCACAUGAGUACUUAGGUGCAACUUGGGAGGAAUCUCUAGCUGAGAUUAAUUUUAAUAAAUGUGCCCAAUAUAGAUUGCAGUGGUUGCGUGACUUAUAUAGUCGUCUCAUUCAAACUAAUCAGUUUGAGUGUGCGGCUAGAACGUAUCUAUUGCAUUUAGUUGGCAGCACAAUUUUCGCCGAUAAAACGCAUACGCGUGUGGAGGCGAAAUACAUUAGUUUAUUUAUUGAUUUAGAUCGUUGUCGACACUAUUCGUGGGCUGCCGCGACAUUGGUUUUCCUUUAUGACAACAUGCGAGAUGGGGCUGUCCACGACACUCGACAGUUGGGAGGUUACAUGACCCUUUUACAGUGCUGGAUCUACGAACACUUCCCUAGGAUCUGUAAGCGGGGCGAUAGAGGUGCGUUUCAUGCACAUCUUCCAAGAGCAUGUAGGUGGAUUGCAAAACAUGUUGUUGAAGGUGGAUUAGUGACCUAUCGGCAGAGACUUGAUGCUUUGUUGCUUGAGGAUGUACUAUUUACACCAUAUGAUGAUGACCGAGCUAAUCAUCCGUUUGAAGAUAUUUCGAUGUUCUCUGGUUAUCUUUGA